GCGCCGGGAGCCCGAGCCCAGCCGAGCCCGAGGACGGCGCGGGGCGGCGGGCGGCUGGAAGAUGCGGCCGGGGCCGCGGGGCCGCCGCCGCUGAGCCCGGAGCAGCCGCCGCAUCGCCGCGUCGCAUCGGCGCCGCGCCAUGGGGAAGGAGCAGGAGCUGGUGCAGGCGGUGAAGGCGGAGGACGUGGGCACCGCGCAGAGGCUGCUGCAGAGGCCGCGGCCCGGGAAGGCCAAGCUCUUGGGCUCCACUAAGAAGAUCAACAUCAACUUCCAGGAUCCAGAUGGCUUCUCUGCCCUCCACCACGCUGCCCUGAAUGGCAACACGGAGCUGAUCGCCCUGCUGCUGGAGGCCCAGGCUGCUGUGGACAUCAAGGACAACAAAGGUAUGCGGCCCCUGCAUUACGCGGCCUGGCAGGGCCGGAAGGAGCCCAUGAAGCUGGUCCUGAAGGCGGGCUCGGCUGUCAACGUCCCCUCAGAUGAGGGUCACAUCCCCCUGCACCUGGCGGCCCAGCAUGGCCACUAUGAUGUGUCCGAGAUGCUGCUGCAGCACCAGUCCAACCCUUGCAUGGUGGACAACUCGGGCAAAACGCCGCUCGACCUGGCCUGUGAGUUCGGCCGCGUCGGGGUGGUGCAGUUGCUUCUUAGCAGCAACAUGUGUGCGGCCCUGUUGGAGCCCCGGCCUGGGGACACCACGGACCCCAACGGCACCAGCCCCCUACACCUGGCAGCCAAGAACGGCCACAUCGACAUCAUCAGACUCCUCCUCCAAGCCGGCAUCGACAUCAACCGCCAGACCAAGGCGGGCACGGCCCUGCACGAGGCUGCGCUGUGUGGCAAGACCGAGGUGGUGCGGCUGCUGCUGGAUAGUGGCAUCAACGCCCACGUGCGGAACACGUACAGCCAGACGGCGCUGGACAUCGUGCACCAGUUCACCACCUCGCAGGCCAGCAAGGAAAUCAAGCAGCUGCUGCGAGAGGCCUCAGCAGCUCUGCAGGUGCGGGCGACCAAGGAUUAUUGCAACAACUACGACCUGACCAGCCUCAAUGUGAAGGCCGGGGACAUCAUCACAGUCCUGGAGCAGCACCCAGAUGGCCGCUGGAAGGGUUGCAUCCACGACAGCCGGACAGGCAACGACCGUGUCGGCUACUUCCCAGCCUCCCUGGCUGAGGCCCUGCUGAAGCCAGCAGGUUCCCGAGCAGGGGCUGAGCCCAGUGCACCCCAGGGAGGCAGCUCGGCGGGACCCUCGGCACCCCCAGAGGAGAUCUGGGUGCUGAGGAAGCCUUUCGCAGGUGGGGAACGCAGUGGCAGCCUGAGCAGUGGGGCCGGGGGCCGGAGUGGCGGGGGCCAUGCCCUGCAUGCAGGUGCUGAAGGGGUCAAGCUCCUGGCCACUGUGCUCUCCCAGAAGUCUGUCUCGGACUCCAGUCCGGGGGACAGCCCUGUCAAGCCCCCUGAGGGCUCCGCAGGUGCCGUCCGAUCGCAGCCUGUGGCGGCUCGUACUGGGCCGGUCUAUGCGGAACAGUUGCCCAAGAAGCUGGAGCCUGCAUCAGAGGGCAAGAGUGCAGAGGCCGUCAGCCAGUGGCUCGCCACCUUCCAGCUGCAGCUCUAUGCCCCCAACUUUGUGGGUGCAGGCUACGACCUGCCCACUAUCAGCCGCAUGACCCCCGAGGACCUCACUGCCAUUGGGGUCACCAAGCCGGGUCACCGGAAGAAGAUCACAGCUGAGAUCAGCAGCCUGAGCGUGCCCGACUGGCUGCCGGAGCACAAACCCGCUAAUCUGGCCGUGUGGCUGUCCAUGAUCGGCCUGGCCCAGUACUACAAGGUGCUGGUGGAGAAUGGCUACGAGAACAUCGACUUCAUCACUGACAUCACCUGGGAAGACCUGCAGGAGAUUGGCAUCACCAAGCUGGGACACCAGAAGAAGCUGAUGCUGGCUGUGCGGAAGCUCGCAGAACUGCAGAAGGCCGAGUACGCCAAGUACGAGGGGGGUCCCCUUCGUCGAAAGGAAGCCCAGGCCCUGGACGUGAUGGCCAUCGAGUCCCCAACGCUGCCUGAGCCUGCCCCGGCCGACUGCCAGUCUCCCAAGAUGACCACAUUUCAGGACAGCGAGCUCAGUGGCGAGCUACAGGCCGCCCUGACUGGCCCAGCCGAGGGUGCUACCGCUGCUGCUGCCUCUGAGAAACCCCCCAACCACCUGCCAACCACCCCCAGGGCCGUAGCGCGCCCGGAGCCCAGCCUGGGGGGGCGGGCCCGGCAUAUGAGCAGCUCCCAGGAGCUUCUGGGUGAUGGGCAGGCUGGGCCUGGCAGCCCCCUGUCCCGUAGCCAGGAGUACCUGCUAGAUGAGGGGCCGGCCCCAGGCACCCCACCCAAAGAUUCCCGGCCCAGCCGCCACGGCCACAGCAUGAAGCGGGCCAGCGUGCCCCCGGUGCCUGGCAAGCCCCGGCCCGUCCUCCCACCGGCUGCCAGCCACUUUACGCCCCCCCAGACGCCCACGAAGACGAGGCCUGGCUCCCCCCAGGCCCUGGGUGCACCUCAUGGUCCAACGCCAGCCACAGCCAAGGUGAAGCCGACGCCCCAGCUGCGGCCCCCCUCUGAGCGGCCCAUGUCACCACGCUCACUGCCGCAGUCACCCACACACCGGGGCUUUGCCUAUGUGCUGCCCCAGCCUGUGGAAGGCGAGGUGGCGCCGCCCACACCAGUGCCCACCCCAACACCGAUGCCCGCACCCGUGCCCAUGCUGUGCCUGCCCCCGGACGCCGAUGCCGAGCCAGGGCGCCCCAAGAAGCGCGCACACAGCCUGAACCGCUAUGCUGCGUCCGACAGCGAACCCGAGCGCGAUGAGCUGCUGGUACCCGCUGCUGCGGGGCCCUAUGCCACGGUUCAGCGGCGCGUGGGUCGCAGCCACUCGGUGCGUGCACCCGCGGCCGCCGACAAGAAUGUCAACCGCAGUCAGUCAUUUGCGGUGCGGCCACGCAAGAAGGGCCCGCCGCCACCUCCGCCCAAGCGCUCCAGCUCGGCCAUGGCCAGUGCAGAUAUGUCAGAUGAGCCGGCGCCUGAGACCGAGACCGAAGGGGCCGGGCCCGGGCCUGAAGAUGGCCGGCUGGGGGUGCGGGCCCAGCGCCGCAGGGCCAGCGACCUGGCGGGCAGCGUGGACACGGGCAGCGCCGGAAGUGUGAAGAGCAUCGCGGCCAUGCUGGAGCUCUCAUCCAUCGGGGGUGGGGUCCGCGCUGCCCGCCGGCCCCCCGAGGGCCUCCCCACGUCGCGGCCGGACAGCCCAGACCCGGGCCGGGUGGCCACCGUGCUAGCCUCAGUGAAGCACAAGGAGGCCAUCGGGCCGGACGGCGAGGUGGUCAGCCGGCGUCGCACGCUCAGCGGACCAGUCACCGGACUCCUAGCCACUGCCCGCCGGGGUCCCGGGGAACCGGCAGCGCCCCUGGAUCAUGGUCACUUUGGGGAGGAUGGUUCUGGUCGGCAGCGGCCUCGCGGCCUGGUCAAGGGGGAGGCAGGCGUAGAAGGCCCUCCCUUGGCCAGGGUGGAAGCUAGCGCCACGCUCAAGAGGCGCAUCCGGGCCAAGCAGAGCCAGCAGGAGAACGUCAAGUUCAUCUUGACCGAAUCUGACACGGUCAAACGUAGGCCCAAGGCCAAGGAUCGGGAGGCCGGGGCAGAGCCGUCUCCGCCGCUGUCCGUCUACCAGGACGGCGCUGGCACUGUGCGCCGCAGGCUGGCGUCGGACCAGGCGCCCCCGGACUUGCUGCCGCCGCCGCCCGCAGAGCCCCCUCCUGCUGACCUGAUGCCGCUGGCCCCGCUGCCCACGCCGCCGGAGGGCGACGGCCGGAAGGCCACCAAGCCGCCCGUCUCUCCCAAGCCUGUCCUGGCUCAGCAGGUGCCCAAGGGCCAGGGCUCACCUGCACCUUCCUCCAAGAAGGUGCCGCUGCCUGGCCCGGGGAGCCCAGAGGUGAAGCGCGCCCACGGCACGCCGCCACCCGUGUCGCCCAAGCCGCCGCCGCCGCCCACCGCGCCCAAGCCGCCCAAGGCCGCCGCCGCCGUCGUCGCCACCGCCACCGCCACGGCCGGACUGCCGCCGGGCAGCGCAGGCCCGUCGCCCGCGCCCUCGCCCGCGCGCCAGCCGCCCGCCGCCCUCGCCAAGGCGGCCAGCACGCCGCCGUCGCUGAGCGCCAGCCCCGCCAAGCCGCCGUCCCCGGGCACGCCGGCGCUGCAUGUGCCCGCCAAGCCCCCGCGCGCCGCCGCCGCCGUCGCGGGCUCCCCCGCCGCGCCCGAAGGCGCCUCCCCCGGGGACAGCGUGCGGCAGAAGCUGGAGGAGACGAGCGCCUGCCUGGCGGCCGCGCUGCAGGCCGUGGAGGAGAAGAUCCGGCUGGAGGACGCGCAGGGCCCGCGCCCCGCCGCCCCCGAGGAGAAGAGCGCGAGCAGCAUCCUGGACGACAUCGGCAGCAUGUUCGACGACCUGGCCGACCAACUGGACGCCAUGCUGGAGUGAGCGGUCCCUCCCGCCCCGAUGCCAGCUGCCCGUGCCCGCCGCGGCCCCCGCACACACUGGCCUUUACCUCAGGACCGGCCCCUCCAGGCGUGGCGGAGAAGGCCGGGGUUUGGAGGGGGGGGGUCCGCGGAUGGAUGCGGCACAA